AUGACCUCCGAUCUGAACGAGAACGAGUUUGGCACGGGUCACAGUCCAGAUGGUGCAACUGGACCGACGCAGGCCAGGAAGCGGAAGAAGUACGCGGUCAAGGCGUGUCCCACGACAGUCGAGGGUGAAGUUGAGACCAGACGCAGUAAUACCAUCGCUCGCCAGACUCGAGACUCGGCGUCUGCAGGUGCUCGGAUGCCGCCGGGUGUCUUGCCUGACCCUCGUGUUGAUGAGCUCUACGAACGAGUCAGGUCCAUUGAGUGCACGCUGACUCAAUUGCUAAAGUCAGCUAAAUACACCGAGGAUUCGUCACCGCGAGUCCCUUUCCUGACUCCUGUAGAGCGCAGUGUUGCUGUUCCUGAUGAGGAAGAUGACGACGGAGAUCAGUUUGCCCUGCCUCCAAUCACGCACAAUGAUCUCACACUGUCUUCUCAGGUCGCCGCUCUGGGUGCCUUCUUAUCCGGGCCGCCCUCGCCAAAGACUGCCAGCAGUUGCAGGCAAACGGCCGCCUUUCAAGUCCUGAUCCAAUUUCCCGAUUCUUCUACUCUGCAGCAUCUGCUCGACGUCUACUUCCGUGACAUGAACAGCUACUUCCCGUUCUUGGAUCGCCAGGAUACCGAGCUGCGUAUCUACGGCGUUGUUGGCCGCCUCGGCCAUAGCUCCUGUAAUCGCAGUGUGGCGGUGAACAAGGAAGACCUCUCCAUCAUCGCUCUCACAUACAUCAUGUUGGCAAUGGCUGACUGCGUGGACCCAGACGAAGGAGCAUGCGAUGGGGAUGCGAAGCCGGGCUGGGAAAGAUAUCUCCAAAGUUGCCGUGCCAUUCAGCAAUUUUCCCACUCCAAGACACUCAACUUGGACACGGUCAGAGCACAAUGCCUUAUGGCUGCAUAUCUCAUGCAUGUUGAGGUACUCAGAGCUGCCUCGCAGGCUAUCUCGGUGGCUUGGCAGCAGGCUAUAUCAAUUCGUCUGAAUGAUAAAAAGACGUGGCCAGUUGAUGACGCCCAAGGGGUCUUUCAGAGACAGCAACUUUGGUGGACCAUGUACUUUCUGGAUAGACAGAUCUCGCGCAGGAGCGGCAUUGCUUAUCAUAUACGCGACACGGAAUUUGACGUUGACGACUUUACUGCUCUGGUCAGCCUAUCCAGGCUUUGGAGCCGGGUAUGGGACACCUUCUUUGCCGUUGGUGCGACAAACAAGGGGGACUGGAUGGAAGUGGAGCUUAUGGAUGCUAGAAUCCUCAAUGCUCGCCGAGGACUACCCAAAACAUUGACCUGGGACUCCAAAGAGAUUGCCAAUUACGCAGCAUCUGGCGAAGAUGAGCCGCGCAUUCGUCGACGCCUUCAGAUCUUCACCCCCUAA